CCGUGCUGGUUUUCACUUACGUGCGCUCCUAUGUCUCACGUACUCCAUACCUAUAUCUCUAAGGGUAGAAGCGGUAUAGAAUAAUGGUAAACAAUAAGAAAUACUAGUUUUCCGGUUGGAUGUUACAGUAGGUUGCGUAAUCGUGAAAUAUAUGAUUAAAACCAAAAUACGAGCCACGAAAUUAGCAAGUUUUACAAAACGAGACUAUCUGGAGUGUGCAGUGAGGUGAAAACAUGGCACCGUAUUCUUCGUUAGUCAAUAUCUCUGGUCUCCGAAGGAUUGUUUGCGUACAAAGUUUCAGGGGCAUCUGGACUUCAUAUGCAGCGCGAGCUGAUCAAAAACAUAACUUGGCUGUGCAAGAACCGCGAUCCGAAUCAUCUUCCAACGAAAGCGAUGCAGAAUAUGAAAACAGCAUCAGAUCAAAAAUUCUGAAUGCUGCGAUUGACUUUGUACCUGAUCUUGGUUGGAGCAAGCAGGCGAUCAGUGCUGGUGCCGAAUCGGUUGGUUACCCUGGAGUGAUACAUGGCAUGUUUCCUAAUGGCGGAGCAGAUUUAGUUCAGCAUUUUUAUUCAAAGUGCAACAAAGAUCUGGCCCACCAUCUCAAGUCCGAAGCAUUAGCCAUCAAAGAUGAUUCCUCAAAGAUGCGAAAGCCCUCGGAAGUCUAUGUCAAAGACGCUCUAGAGACAAGGCUCCGGAUGCUGAUUCCAUACAAAAAGACUUGGCCUCAAGCUAUGGGGCUAAUGGCACUUCCACCCAAUGUUCCAACAGCGUUGGCAAAUCUGCUGACGUUGGUUGACGACAUUUGCUACUAUGCUGGGGACAGGUCUGUUGACUUUAAUUGGUAUGCUCGACGAAUAGUUGUAGCUGGAAUUUACAAAGCCACAGAACUGUACAUGCUCCAAGAUAACAGCACUGACCACUAUCAAACUUGGAAGUUCCUGGAAAGACGAAUCGAAGAUGCAGCGCAACUUCACAGAGCUUUGUCAGCAGCGCCUGGUCCGCCAGAUUUGCACCAAGCAGCAGAAGCUGUUAGUGCAGCAUUCGUUACGGCACGGAAUAUACUGGGGCUGAAUUGGAACAGGUAAGCCCUAUUUGCACAAGUUUUAGCAAAUAGGUAGCGUGUAAUAUAUACUUGGCUAAUUAACAACAACAAUCAAAAUAAUUCUGAUAAAUAAUUAGUGAAGAUGGUGCAAAUUUUGUGUAUGUUCGUCAUUCCGAAUUAUCAUUUCAUUAUUUAUCUUCCAGAGACCUUAUUUUGGUAUAUUAAAUGCAUACUCAAUAACAAAUUAUACUUCAUACGAGUUAUUCAAAACUCGAUAGAGUCAAGUUAAUCAUAAUGAAAAUCUGCGAUCGCGAGAUGAGUAAUUGGACAUGUCGCUUUGAUAUUUUACCACCAGUACUCAGUAGUCAUGAUUUGUAAAAGUAUUAUGUAACAACGCUAAACGAAGUAAGAAAAAUCCAACUUGUUACAGAAAAAUAAGUCUGUAAUAUUCACAAUAAAUAAUUUGAGCAUAAACUUUUUAGAUAACCUUUAUUUUACACACAACAAAUAUAUACUUACAAAGUAUAAUAUUUCCGUACCAUAAACUCUUCCGAAACACUAACAUAUGAGUUAACACAAUUAAUUUCGGUAUUAGAAAGGCAGUGAUGCAGUUAAUAAUCAUAACUUUGGAAAUAUGGCCACCGCUGUAUUUCUUCCUCGACAAAACUAGCUUACAUAAGCUAAUAAAACUUAAUAAGCUAUGUUUACAUCUUUACAACUUGAGAAAAACUGGUAUCAUUUGUAUAUCAAUUUUUGCACGUUUUCGUUUCAACUAUAAAUUCAACACUAAUUUAAAUGUCAUUGAGAUUUCAACAUCAAAUAAUAAAUUUAAAAGAAUAAUAUAUUAAAUAUCUGUUAUGUAUAUAUUAAACCCACUGAAAUAAAAAAAAAUAAAAAUUUCCCAUUGUGUGAUAUCGAAAAAUUAUCUGUACAUUAGGAAUUAAGAGAUGCUGCAUUUUGUUUUAAUAUUUCCUCCAUUUGAUUAAUACAGGAACAAUUGACUUUUCCUCGUGAAAUAUGAUAACUUUGUCCCCAAACAAUGAACUAUGCUCCAAAUUCAUCAGCAGGUUAGGUAUACUAUAUUUAAUACCCUUGGGUAUUGUUGUAAGCAUUGUUGA